AUGAAUAGGAAGUUUAGCAAUAUAGCAAACCUAACAACUUCAGGCGGAGUCUACAAUGGCGAAUCCCAAAAUUUAAUCCGCCAUAGCCCAAAAGCUUCCUUCAAUGUUCUUCAUCCAACAUUUCUCUGGUCAAUUCGAAUUCCUCUAAUUCGUGAAGAAAAUCCCAUUUCUCCAAUGUCUUGCUCUUCAUCUUCUUCUCUAUACUUUCCUCUUCAUAAACCACUCAACAAAUCCACCCCUUUUUCUCCCAAUUGCCAAGUUUUUUCAUCAAAAGGAAGAAUUUUAGGCCGACCCAUUAGAUGCGAAUCACUGGAACUGAAACCCAAAUCGCCACCCUCAAAUGGGUCGGUGUAUCCAGGCGGAAUGGGGCCGUACACAGGGAGAGAUCCGUCGGUGAAGAAACCAGGUUGGUUGAGGCAAAAAGCACCACAAGGGGAGAAGUAUGAAGAGGUGAAGGAAACGCUAUCUGGGCUUAAACUUAACACUGUUUGUGAAGAAGCUCAGUGUCCUAAUAUUGGAGAGUGUUGGAAUGGUGGUGGAGAUGGUAUUGCUACUGCUACAAUUAUGCUUCUUGGAGAUACUUGUACGCGUGGGUGUAGAUUUUGUGCUGUUAAGACUAGUAGAAAUCCUGCUCCUCCUGACCCUAUGGAACCUGUUAACACUGCUAAAGCUAUUGCCAGUUGGGGUGUGGAUUACAUUGUCUUAACUAGUGUUGAUCGUGAUGAUAUACCUGACGGAGGGAGUGGUCACUUUGCUGAAACAGUCAAAGCAAUGAAGUUGCUCAAGCCUGAUAUCAUGGUCGAGUGUUUAACUUCUGAUUUCCGUGGUGAUCUAAGUGCUGUGUCUACUCUAGUGCACUCUGGAUUGGACGUUUUUGCACACAAUGUUGAAACUGUGAAACGACUUCAACGCAUUGUUAGAGAUCCUAGAGCAGGGUAUGAACAAAGUCUAUCUGUGCUUAAACAUGCAAAACUCGAUAAGAAAGGGAUGAUAACAAAAACUUCUAUAAUGUUGGGACUUGGUGAAACUGAUGAUGAGCUGAAGGAAGCCAUGGCUGAUCUUAGGGCCAUAGAUGUUGAUAUUUUGACGCUGGGCCAGUAUUUACAGCCAACCCCAUUACAUCUUACCGUCAAAGAAUAUGUUACCCCCGAAAAGUUUGCUUUUUGGAAGGAUUACGGAGAGUCUAUUGGCUUCCGUUAUGUUGCCAGUGGUCCCUUGGUUCGAUCCUCCUACCGAGCAGGAGAACUGUUUGUUAAGACAAUGGUGAAAGAGAGUGCCAGAAAUGCACAAAGUAUGUCACAAUAGUUUGCUGCCUCUUCUCUCACACAUACAUACAAGAAGCUGCAAUGAUUUUUUUGAGGGGAGAUUGAUGAUUUUGGCAAGAACAAGAAAUGUGAACACACAAUACUCUGUAAUCACAGCUAUGACUGAACCUUACAGAGCCUUAUAAGGCCAAUUUUGCUUUUUGAUUGUUGUACUUUUCCUCCUUUAAUUCUGUUAAAGUUAUUAUUCUGUAUACAAACUAGAAGCAAAUUAGUUUGUUAAAUCAAUUUCUUUGAUUCUAGUAGAUGUUUGGAAAAAUUGUGUAAUCAGUUGUUUUCCUUGGA